ACCAAGCUCGUUCACUGCAUUGUUCCGAUCCGACAAGCUACCCGAAUCCUUUUGCUACAAUUAUGAUCAAAAAUGCCUGCAAGAACACUCAGGUAAAAGAAAAUACGUUAAGUCCUAUUUGGAACGAAAUGUUGAUAAUCAAAGGCCUCACAUUUUAUGGAAGUUUAAAUUCUGUUAUGGAGAUAGAAAACGAAGUAAUAAUUGAAAUUAUGAGCUGUGAGAAAUCUGGAAAAGCAGAGUUUCUUGGCAGAACUGUUGCCACUAUCCGUCAGAAAGAAAAUCUGAAAACUCCACCCUCUCUAGAAUGGUUUAACAUAAUCUCUACAUCUUCCGAAAUCGAAGGACAGUUGUUAGCUGCUUUUGAACUUAUUGAAGCAUCGCAUGAAGAGGAAGUUUCAGACAGAGAGGACGACAUCCCUUAUGAUGCUGACAGAGGGCCUGUUCUACCAAUACCUCCUUCAAUAUGUCCUCAGUUUACGAAACACAGAAUUGAGGUAUUGUUCUGGGGUCUCCGUGAGUUGAAGCGGGUGAAUUUAAAAAGCCUUCAGCAACCACGAGUGGAAGUGGAAUGCGCUGGCCACAGUGUGCAGUCGAGCGUUAUAACAAAUUAUAAGAAUCAUUCAAAUUUUAUAAAUGUGAUACAGAAAAUGGAUAUGGAUCUACCUGAUCAAGAAGAACAUUUUCCAUCUUUCGGAAUAAAACUUGUUGAAUGCAAAGGCUUUGGACGCCUGACCGUAGUUGCAACCCAUAUCGUACAGUCUUUUCAGAAAUAUGUCUACAGACCAUUUGAACAUGAGCCUUCGCUAGAAAGUAUAGAUUACAUCGCAUUGAAUGUCGAUGGUGAUAAUGCUAGUGAUAACGCCGCUGCCUUUGUGGUGCAAAAAAUUUAUUCUCCAUGGAAGAAGCUUGAAAGAAGUCCAUCCGAAAUCGGAGGGGAAAUGGAAGGAAAAGAUUGGUGGUCGCGGUAUUAUAUUUCUACUGGAUAUAGACUUGAG